AUGUCCACUGUAUCGUCGUUGCUAAGACACUCAGGUAAUUGGAACACUGAAAACUGCUAUGUGAAUUUCAAAAUCAAUGUUGUGGCUUUCAGAGAAUAUUCGACAUAUAUAGAUUUAUUACAAGCAGUUGCGACUCAGUGGAAUAUAGACAUGCAACUGAAAAACAUAUACAUCAAAUAUAUCGUUGAAGGUAACGAUACGCCAAUGGAAAUACAUAAUGAUAUGAGUGUUAGGGUGUAUGUGGAAUUGAAGAAAGAGAACAAACAGUUAGCGAUGUAUCCUUUGUGCAUAACUACAACUGAUAAAAGCGUUGAUAAUUGUGUAUCUGGUGAAAGUUGUAUUGAAGGAGGAGUUUUGCAAAUUGGUUACAUAAAACAAACAAAUGAUAUGGAAACAGUAGUGAGUGGAGACUUAGCUUCUUCAAGUUGUGGCAAUGCCGUUGUUGUAUUCGAAAACGACACAAAUCUGGUUAUAUCAUAUAAGAACCAAAAAGAGGUUGUUGUUGAUCAAGUUUACAAGGACAAAGAUACACUAAAGGCUGUAAUGGCGAAUUAUGCAAUUUCCAACAGGUUCAAUUUUCGUGCCGAGAGGUCUAAUGCGAUAAGCUAUACACUAGUAUGUGUGUCUGAAGAGUGUGAUUGGAAAUUUAGGGCAUCGAGCGUUGGUAAAUCAGAAAUGUUCUGGGUUAGGGAGUUUCGUGACAAGCAUACAUGUCCGCUAAAAGAUAAGGUGUAUUCACAACACCAUGCGAAAAGUUGGUUUAUAGGUGGAAUUGUAAAGCCAAAAGUAGCCAACCAUAAGAGGAAAUACACACCUAAUAAUAUAGCGGAGGAUGUAAGAAAUGAUCUUGGAAUGGAUGUGUCCUAUAUGGUCGCUUGGCGGGCUAAGGAAAAAGCAAUGAAGGAUUUAAUGGGUGAACCAUCGGAUUCUUACAAAAAAUUACCUGGGUACCUAUACAUCACGGAUAAAACGUAUCCAGGUUCACAUAUAAGAAUGCGAAAAUCUGACGAAAACGAGUUUCUGCCAAUUGUUGUAGUUGACGGGAGCCACCUCAAAACAGCAUACAACGGAACGUUCGUUUCAGCAAGCAUGUUAGACGGUGCAGGUAAUAUACUUCCUUUAGCAUAUGGUGUGAUAGAUUCAGAAAAUGAUAGGUCUUGGAUGUGGUUCUUUGAGCGAUUCAGGGAAGCGUAUGGUGUGAGAGAGAACAUGUGUAUUUUUUCCGAUAGGCAUGAAAGCAUAAACAAAGCUGUUUCUAGAAUCUAUCCGAAUGUGCCGCAUUAUGCAUGCAUAUGGCAUCUUUGGGAUAACGUAUGUAAGAAGUAUAAGAAGAGCCAUGAUGUGUUGAGUCCCGUGUUUUAUGCAAUGGCAAAAGCGUACACGCAGGAAGAUUUUGAUGAGUUUAUGGAGAAAGUUGAGAAGGCAGAUUUUCGAGUGGCAGAGUAUUUGGAAUUGGCUGGAAGAGAGAAGUGGGCUAAAGUGUAUGCAACUGCUAACCGAGGGUGGACAAUGACUUCAAACAUAGCAGAGUGUAUUAAUCGUCACCUUGUAGCAGCAAGAGAGCUUCCUAUAUUUGAUUUUCUAGAAGAAGUCGAACCAUCAACCGGAUACUUGUACACAAUAUAUGAUUCAGGAGGGUGUUUCAUCGUUAACUUGGACAACAAAACUUGCAGUUGUCGGAUGUUUCAAAUAGAUGAAAUUCCAUGCCCACAUGCAUGGGCAGUCAUUAAGAAGAAAAAUCUAAUGGCUGAUGAUUACUGUUCGGAAUUGUUCAAACCGCACAUCGUGGUGAAGACGUAUGAUGUCGCCGUGGAUCCUCUCCUUGACGAGCGGGAAUGGAAGAUUCCAACAUACAUAUCAGAGGAUGUGGUUUUGCCACCAAGAUACAAGAGACCUCCUGGUAGGCCGAAGAAAAAGCGUGAUAAGCCGUUAUUUGAAUUGCUUCUUGGAAAAAAGAGACAUGCUUGCAAUACUUGUGGACAGACUGGACACAAUAGAUGA